AGCAUUUUCCAUCGAUAGAGAAACAAUAGUCAGCUUCGUGGAAGCCCUUCAGCCAGCGUUUGUGUGGAAAAUUUGAAGCAAGAUGGCGUUCCUGUUCAAAACUAUCACCUGGACAGCUUUGCUGGCCCUGGCCGCUGCUCAGUACGGAAGCGAUGAGGACCACCAUCACUAUCAUCAGCAGCACCAGGAGCCCGAGGAGCAUCACGAGGUGGGCUUCUCGUACGCCAAAUUCAGCGGCCCGGUAAGUGGUCCGGCCCAUGAAAUCCACGUCGAAGACAAGCACGGCCACGGGCACAAGAUCGACUACGUCGCCAAGCCCGACUACCAGUUCGAGUACGGAGUCGAGGAUCCCAAGAGCAAAGUGUCCCAGAACCGCAAGGAACAUCGCCACGAAGAUGAAGUGCACGGUGAGUACCGAGUCCAGCAACCCGACGGCAAGCUGCGAGUCGUCAAGUACUCGGCCAACAAGCACUCCGGAUUCCAAGCUGAAGUGUUGAUCGAUGGAAAGCCACUGCACGAGGAGGAACUGGCCAAGCUGGCCCAGGAAGCGCACGAACAAUCGGCCCGAGCCCACGCUCACGAAGUUCAUCACAAUCACGAUGAAGCUGCCUCGUACGGUGGCCAUCACGGGCAGACCUACGGUGGAAGCGAAGGAGCGUCGGCAUCCUACGGAGGCGAAGAGGGUGGCGAAGAAUACUACCAUCAUUAGAGAGCGAUCGAUCAUGCUGCGAUGACCCUACUGUUAGAAGGACUGUUCUUCUAAAGUUACCAUUCCUAGUUAAGGUGUAGAAAUAACACAAAUAGACAACUGCACGUGCGACUCCGAACCAGAGUGAUGGCGAAGAAAUCGUGCAACUGCCUAUCGAAAUUGCUGUGUCGAUAUUCGAAACGAUUACAGGUGCAAUUAAGUAUUCCUCGCGAAAAAAAUUGAAAUAUUCCGUACUGCUUAAGUUCAUUAUCUACUAUUCACUGUCUAGUCCAAACACUCAAGUCCCGAUAAAUCUAUCCUAUGUUUAAGCUGUUCUACUAUUACUUUCAUCGUAUUUCUCCAGAAAACCUUACUUUAAAAAUUAUCAAUUUAUGCAUUUCAUAAUCAAUCAUCUUGAAUUUCAUGUGAUGAUUUUCUCUGUAAAACAGUGUGAUCAAUACUCAACGAAAUGAGAAUGUAUUAUCGGUCGUCCUUCAACCAAAGUAGGAAAGGCAAAACAACUAAAAUUACCAGAUAGGCAAAGCAAAAGUAAAAAACAAGACAAAAGUGUUGUUAACUAGUUUUUAAUAGGCACUUUUAACUGUAGAAAAAAGAUAAAUACCGAAAUGACUGCGAUGUCUUAGAAAAAAAAAAUC